AUGGCACUAGAGAUUUUUGUUAAAUUUAAAUGUGCAAGCAGAGACAUUAAGUUAUUAUGGGCAUCUGUAUUUUUAAGACUUUUGUCUUAUGGUUUGACGAAUCAAGUUUUAACUCUUUUUUUGAGUGCCAUCAACAUGACAGAGGAUAAAAUUGGGCUAUUCAUGUCAUUAACAUUGGCAGGAGACGUGAUUUGCUCUUAUAUUCUUACUUGGUAUGCGGAUUCUUGGGGUCGAAGAAGAGUUCUAGUAUACGGUUGUGCAAUGAUGUUACUAAGUGGGUUAGUUUUCAGUUUUAGUGAAAAUUUCACUCUCUUGCUAAUAUUUGCUAUCUUUGGUGUUAUAUCACCUUCAAGUGAUGAAGUCGGGCCUUUUAAAUCCAUAGAAGAGGCCAUGAUUGCUCACUUAAGUCCGCAUAAUGCAAGGCCAGAAAUAUAUGCUAUUCAUGCAUUAGUUGGAACUGUUGGAAGUGCACUAGGGGCAAUUGUUUGCGGCAUAUUUGUGGAUCUCUUGAAAAGAACCGGUGUAGCUGCUACUGAUUUACAAUGUUAUAAAUUAGUUUUUCUAUUGUACGCUUUUUUUGCCUUUUGCAAGAUGGUCAUCAUGCUCUUAUUAUCAGAUGCGACUGAAUUGGAUGGACACUAUGAGCACACUUAUCACAAUAAUCAAGAAUCGCCAGAACCAUUGGAUGUCAGUGAUGAAACAGCACCAUUGAUGAGACAAGCAACUCAUCCAGAGGAAAGAUCCAAUAAACUCUCCAAAGAAACAAUAUCAGUCUUGAUGAAAUUACUAGUAAUCUUUAUGGUCGACUCUCUCGGAUCAGGAUUUAUGACAAGUGGAUGGAUGGUUUACUACUACAGCAAGCAGUUUUUAAUGGGGUCGCUGGCAUUGGGUGCAUUAUUUUUUGUCACCCAAUUGGUCAUGGCAUCUUCCACUAUUCCAUCAUCUGUUAUUGCUAGAUGUUUUGGCCCGGUAAGAGCCACCUUGCUCGUCCAAAUUCCAUCAGGAGUGUUCUCUAUUCUCAUCCCUAUGGCCAAAAAUCACUUGUUCUUGUCCAUACUGUUUUUGAAUCUACAUUUUGCAACAACUGCUAUGGAUGUAACACCAAGGCAAAUCCUAUUGACAAACAUUAUCAAGCCGAGAGAUCUAACCAAAGUUAUGGGGGUGGUCAACAUUGGGAAAACCUUUGCACGUUGUAUUGGUCCAAUAUUCACAGGUAUACUUGCCAACAAUAACUACUUAUGGCUAUGUUAUAUCAUCAGCGGAUCAUUGGUGAUAACAGCAGAUUUCAUAUUAGCGUGUAUGUUUUUAGGAUUCGAUGCUAAAAUCAAAAAGCAAAUGAACCGCCCUUAA